CUCUAACUUUUGUGCAUAGCAUAGUUUGCAGGAUUAAAUAGCAAAAAACAUAGAUAUUUGAGUUGAAAGCUGCGUGUGGUAGUGGUGCAGAUUGCAGAGAGUGAACAUGAACAUGAACAUGAACAUGAACAUGAACAUGAACGAUUCUACAUACAAAGUUGAAACUACAUGUCGUCUUGCUCAAUGGACAAUCCACAACUUACCCUCUUCCACCUACCGCAAAUCCGAUCCCUUCAAGAUAGCCACGUGGAAUUGGCAUUUGUCGGUGGAGAAGAACCGGGUUUCCUUAUACCCCGAACUAUACAGACACAAUCCCCCCAUCGCAUCUUUCAUCCUUCGUUUGCUUACCUCUCUUCCAGAUCGCAAACCUUUCGCCCGUUCAGAAAUAAAAGACAAACUACUUGCCAACACCGAAGGCUUUGUUUGGAUACUUGAGGCUCCCCUACCUGCCAAAUUCAUUAUUCACGUUGAGUUCUUGGAUUUGAAGACUGCAACUCCAAACGGUGGAGAACCUUGUUCUAUCUGGCCUAGCAGAUUUUUGCAGCAAAACUCAAAUGCAGAAGCUCUUAAUUCUCUUGGUCUUAUGCUAACCCAAGACAUUCUCACAGACAUAACAAUCAAUACCAACGAGUCUGACGAAAGCAUAAGAGCUCACCGAGCUGUACUUGCAUCUCGUUCACCAGUAUUCCGCAGCAUGUUCUCACAUAAGCUUAAGGAGAAUCAUCUUUCCACCAUAAACAUCUCAGACAUGUCAAUGGAAGCAUGCCAAGCACUUCUAAGUUACCUCUAUGGAACCAUCAAAGAUGAAGAGUUUCUCAUGCAUAGGCUUGCUCUACUGCAUGCUGCUGACAAGUAUGACAUAUAUGACUUGAGAGAGGCAUGUCAUGAGAGUCUGCUAGAAGAUAUUGAUUCAAAUAAUGUGCUUGAGAGGCUCCAAAGUGCUUAUCUGUAUCAAUUGCCGAAGCUCAAGAGUAGUUGUAUGGAAUAUCUCGUGAAAUUUGGUAAACUAUUUGACAUUAGGGAUGAUUUCUUUUGCUUCUUGCAAAGUGCAGACAGGGAUCUGAUUUCUGAAGUCUUUCAUGAAGUUCUUAAUGUCUGGACAGGAUUCUGAAGAUCUUCAAACUUCAGAGGACAGCAACACAAAUACAAUUAAGCUUGUAAACUAGACAUAAUAGGUUAUUUGAAUAUUAGUUGUGCAGGAUUUACUUCGAUGAAUGUAAUUCUAUUUAGGUGUUUUUGUCUUCUUGAUUUCAUUGUACAUAGUUAUGUAGUGCUCUUGGUCCCAUGCUACUGCUAUUCUUUCAGUUUAACAUUCAUCCCUGUAUAAUAUUUUUAUUUUAACACACUAUUGAACCAUUCGUUCUCACAUUA